AUGAAGUACACAUUACUGAUUUUCGUCUCGAUAGUUUUGGGAAGUCAAGCUGUUCCCAAUAGUCGUAUUGUUGGAGGCUUUCCUAUAACCAUCAAUGACGCACCUUACCAAGUUUCAAUUUCCGCUGAAACGAACAAUGGUCAACACUUUUGUGGAGGUUCAAUUAUCUCACGUCGAUGGAUUUUGACAGCAGCUCAUUGUACAAUUAACUUCGAGGCGUCAGAACUAAAGAUUCGUAUUGGAUCAUCCUUCCAUGCUACGGGAGGAAAGCAAGUUGCCGUCAAGAAGUAUGUGAAUCAUCCUUUGUAUCUCUCGGAAAGCUUCGAUUAUGAUUACGCUCUGAUAGAAUUAAAAGAAGACAUCGAGUUGAGCGAUAAAGUACAAAUCAUAGCAUUGGUAGAGAAGGAUGUCGAAGUUCAAACCGGAACUCCAUGCAUGGUCAGUGGAUGGGGAUUAACGAAGAAUGAACUUGAAUCACGAGAUAAAUUAAGAGCCGUGGUUGUUCCAAUAGUUGACCGUAAAGUAUGUGAGAUGGAAUAUCAAUCGUUAGUUACUGAUCGAAUGAUUUGUGCUGGCGUUCCUGAAGGCGGUAAAAAUAGUUGUUCAAUGGAUUCUGGAGGUCCUUUGGUUAGGCAUAAUGGAAACAAAAUGGAACAAGUUGGUAUUGUUUCGUGGGGAACCAUAGAUUGUAAAGUUGCAGGAUAUUCUGGAGUUUAUGCAAAUGUUGCCAUUAUGAGAGAUUGGAUCAAAGAAGUUUCAGGAGUGUAAAGGAAAGAUAUUCUUCUAAUGAGAAACCAAAUA